GUAUCUUUAUCACCACCUAGUGGUCAAAAUAGUUCUCACAUGAAAAUCCAACAUGGCGGCGCCCGUUAGGACAUUGUGUUGUACAGCUUUGAGGCAAUCCAGUCGUUGUUUUACUACGACGUGUGGGGCACAGGCUGGAAUCAAGUGGAGGACCGAAAAUGGUCUGUCCCGCAGUGGAACAGAGUAUGGCCCCAUGACAGAUCUCCCUGACUGGUCCUUUGCAGAUGGCCGGCCAGCACCCCCCCUGAAAGGACAGCUGAGGAGAAAGCAGGAGAGAGAGACAUUAGCAAGACGUGUAGUGAAUCUAAGCUCGGAGGUGGAUAAGGGGAUGGAAGCGUGGAGGGAGAAACAGAAAGAAGCCGAAAGAAUGCAGCAACGCAAUAAAUCUCUUCUGCUUAAACCCAAAGGAAACCUUUUAUUGAAGAAAAAAUAAGUAAUCAUCACAUUUUCUGUUCUAGCUCACUUGACUUAUUGACAAAAUGGAGGAGAAUUGCACAGCUGGUGUAUGGCAUUGUCUUACCAUUUAUGUUUGUACUUAUUUAGCCCUUUUCAAUGUUUUCUGAAAUUAAACGUUAAUCCACUACCUAC